GCAUCGAGAUCUGGCACCGCGUCCACCUUCUUGACCACCCUGGCAGGACUCCCAAUAGCCACACUAAAGUCCGGCACGUCCUUGGUGACGACACUCCCCGCGCCAAUGGUGCAGCCCUUGCCGAUGGUGACGCCCGGCAUAAUGGUGACGUUGCCGCCGAUCCAGCAGUCGUCGCCGAUGGUGACGGGCAUGGCGUACUCGACGCCGUCGCGGCGGGACUGGACGCCUGUCUCGUGA